UACAGCUCUAACAAUGUUUAUCAUCAAUUGCUGCUGAUUUCCUUAACAUUCAACACAAGUGGUUUUUUUCUCAUCAUGUCACCAAGCAUAGCUAAAUUUUACAAUUGUUUCGUUGUCAUGCAGCCAGUUGAGUGAUUGGCAGUACAAUGUUGGUAUUGAUGCAAAGUUCAUGCGCCAGUGUGUCAACAGACCAAAAUAAAAUGCCUAUUGCCCGUGUUGCUGUGUGGGUUGCAGCAUUUGGUCAACAUUCAGCCAGCUAAAAAGUCUCAUUUUGAUUGGCUGGUUCAUGGAAUUUUUGAUUCUACACAAUAAGACUUUACAAAGAUGAAUUCAGCUUUCUCAUGUGUAUGUUUUCUAUGAAUGGACGGCACCCUCCAGUUUUUGUAACAGGAGUGAAAUAAGUGGGUGGGUUUACAAGAAUCCAGCCCCCCCUCUCUUUGCCCACUUUCUGCCCCUCCUCUCCGCCCUCCUCUCCCACAACACCGAACACAGGCAGAGAGAACAGACGAGACGAGAGAGCUGGAGAGCAAAGUGACGUGACCAAGGAGAAGACAAAGAAAAGUGGAGGCAGUUUUUGCUCUAUUCAGGACAUAGCACAUCUUGUUGAUUUAUUUUAAUGUUUCUUCUGGGUUUUUUUUUUUUUAUCUACAAGACCUCCAUCAUCCCUUGGUUAAGCUUUUGUUGGGUACCAAAUGACAACAGCUUCUACCCAAAAGCAGCAUUUGUCAACGGACUGCUGGAGCAAUGUGAAUGGGUAGUCAUUGAAGAGAGGCGCAGAGCUGUUUUUCCCAUGGAUGUUUUGUUGUCCGCUCUCCUCCCUCCAUUUGCUUUCUUUUGUAUCAGCGCGCCCUCCCUCUUUCCCUUUUUCCUUCGCUUGGCUGCACAGGCUUUUUUUUUGUGAUACAUCAGCUCCUUCCCAGAGACCUCUUUGACCUGUACCAACAUUGUUGUCCCCUAGACUUGGUCCUGCUGCUUGAGAAUUGGUCACCCAAUUUCUCUGCACUGCUACGUUUAUUUUUAUGCAUUUGUGCCAGGUAACAUACAGUAUUUGCGGUCCAAUGACUUGCUGUGCUGUCAUACAUUUUUUCGUGAUUUUGUGAUUAUUUUUGGUCAUGUCACCAGCGACAUGGCCAUGAAUGUAUUUUUCCCCCCCCACAAAAUGGUGGUUGUUUGAUUUUCAGUAAUUGACUUGAAAUAUUGGUUCUGCAGAAUGGAAUUCACGUGAUAAGUUGCAAGCAAGAACCCUCGAGUCUUUUACCUGCAGGCUCCAACAUCCAUCUUGCUUGUUUUCAACUCAGCCUUGUAGAUAAAAUUAUCGCCUGUUUUUUUGUCCGCCACCCAAUGUGGUGAGGAUGAAGAAGACACACAGCAGCGCUUUGAGGCGGGCAUGGCCCAGCUCUGAACUGUCAGAGCGGCUACUGUCACCACCAGCCUGUGCAGAGCCUCACAGGAGCCGACGCUCUCACAGUGAAAAGGACUACAGAAUCCACAAACACAGGAAGAAGAGCCACUAUCCUCCACAGUAUGUGUGUCAGAGUCCACCUGCUUACUUUCAUCCAGGUGAUGUGUCACCCAUCAGUAUGUCCCCUAUCAGCCAAUCCCAGUUCAUCCCUCUGGGAGAAGUACUGGUAUUGGCUAUCUCUGCUAUGAACUCUGCGCAUAAGCCGGUCACUCAGGAGGCCCUAACGGAACACCUGCAGACAUGUUUUCCAGGUGUUCCUACACCAACAGAGGAGGUCCUGCACCACACACUCAACAUGUUGGUCCGUGAACGCAAGAUCUACCCAACACCUGACGGAUAUUUUAUUGUAACUCCUCAAACUUACUUCAUCACUCCAAGCCUAAUCCGAACCAGCUCCAAGUGGUACCACUUAGAUGAGCGAUCUGCUGAGCGGCACCAACAGCAGCAACAACAGCAGAAUCAGCAGCAGAAUCAGCAGACACAGUGCACCUCCCCUCUCUCUGGCACCAUCACCGCAUCCACAUCAGGCGGUGUGCGAGAUAGAAGUCAUCCAAAAUCCAACCAGAACCACAGCGGGGGUGGGGGUGGCGCAGUCGUGGAUACCUUUUAUAAUAACACCUAUCGUGGAGACGACCCCCCCAGUCACCAUACUACUCUGCAGCUCAGAUCCCCCAAAGACCACCGGGAGGCAUAUUCAUCGCCACACUCUCCCCAGUCACCUCCUCAGGCAGCGGCAGGCAACACAGAAAAAAGCCGCAGUACCCUCGGGUUCCCCUUCAAGACGGACACGCUCACAAAGCAUCGUGGAGGAGGCGGAGGAGGGACCGGUGAGCUCGAGAAGCAACCGGUAAGUGGUACAGCAAGUCGUAAGUUCGGUUUGAAGCUCUUCCGUCUCAGCUUUAAGAAGGACAAGACCAAGCAGCUAGCCACCUUCUCUGCACAGUUCCCCCCUGAGGAGUGGCCCCUCCGUGAUGAAGAGGCACCCAGCCAGCUCCCGCGUCAUAUAGAAAUAGAGAUUAUCCGCAGAAUUAACCCCGAUCUCACAGUAGAAAACCUUGCUCGGCACACAGCAGUCAUGAAACGUCUUGAAGAGGAGCGUGCGCAGAGGAGCAAAGCAUCGUCAGCCAAUCACAGUUCAAGAAGCAGAAGAAGUGGUGGAAGGCAUAGGAAGCAGUCUCAGACGAAACUUAGCCGCUCACAUAGUAAGACAAGGGUGUCUCGGGGUGAGCAUAGCGAGAGUUCCCAUUUGGAACUAACCGACAGGGACUACAGAGCUUACUCAUCGUCACUGGCUCGGUCACCGAGGGAACAUGCUUUGGCUAUGGAUCGGCAGCGGACACGUCUUCAUUUGGCACAUAGCAACCCUAACAUCCUUGACUCUUCCCACCUACCUGUCACACCAGAAUGGGACGUGUCCGGAGAGCUUGCUAAACGACGGACAGAAAUGCCUUUCCCUGAGCCGAGCCAUGGCCCAUCGGCGCACCACUCCAAAGUCCACCGUUCGCACUCACACACGCAGGAAAGGAAGUCUAGAAAUGAACGCAGCGAUAAAGCCAAGGAACGCUCCAGAUCCAUGGAAAAUUCAAAAGGACCUCUUGGAACUGGUUUAAUUGGACCACCCGGUUACUACGACGAUCGAAGUCGUUACUAUACUGAUGAUGGAACCUUACGAGCCAAUCAGAGCUCAUGCCACUACCCUCACGCCACUGCUCCCUCGGCUAAGCUCCCUGGGGAGUCACUAGUGUUAGAUGGUGGCAGGAGUUUAGAGAAAUGUAAGAGUCGGGACAGUCUGCCAGCAUACUCUCCUAAAACACAGCACAACUCUAUCCCUCCAGACGGCUACUUCCAGUGCUCCGGAUCUUCUGAGGCUAUACUCACAGCUCCAAGCCCACUGGGAACUCUUGGCAAAAGUAGCCAAGAUGGGUUGAAAUUGGGCUGCACUGACAGGCAAACAGAAAGACAAACACCAGAAGUGAAGGAAGACUUCUCAAAAGUGGGACCUAAAGGUGGCAGCCUGCCUCCAAUACCUCUCUCGGUGCCAGAUCCUCCUGUUUUGAACGCGCGACCUCCCCACAGUGCCUCCUGUGGUCAAGAAAAACGUAAGGAGAUUUUUAGUAAAGAUACACUCUUCAAACCACCUCCGAGCCUUCCUUUACCAGGAUACAGCUCCUUGAGGAAAACCCCUGUUCUUGCCUCCUCCACUCUGUCUUCAUCCUGCGAUGCACUUGAUUCCCAGGAGGCCUUUGAUGCUCCCAAACCUCUGGUUGCGACUCCCUCUGCUCCCAUACAGGGGAGCGAGCCCACAACCAGUGCUGCAGAGGCCUCCUUUGACUAUUACAAUGUUUCAGAUGAUGACGAACUUGAGGAGGGAGGAACUAAAAGCAGAGGAGAGGAUGGCAAAACCGGUGGAGGAGUUGUUGGAAUGGGAGGUGGUGGAGCAGGCACCAUGCAGUGGUUGUUGGAGAGAGAGAAGGAGAGGGAUCUACAAAGAAGGUUUGAAAGAACCCUUACUUUCCCUGGUGCUAAAGAGAACCUUCCAGAACCCAGCCAGAACCAGCAGUCGGUGCAUUCUGUCAGACUGGACAGCAUGGACUCCAGCUCAGUUACUGUUGACAGUGGAUUCAACUCGCCAAGAACAAGGGAGAGCCUCGCAUCGAACACCUCGUCCAUAGUGGAGAGUAAUCGACGGCAGAAUUUGGCUCUGAGCCCCGGCCACCUUGGGAUUACAAAUAGCAACGGUCCACCUUUCUCAUUCCGUGCCAUCCCUGAACCAGCUGGCAGCCAACCGAAAAAACUCCAAAAGCCCAACGCCUGCCUUGCAUCAAUCACCAGCGUCUAAAGGCCAUGACCAAGGACAAGAAGAAGUCCUGUUCCGAGGACUGUUAAACAUGCAGACUGUCACAUGGACUGAAUCAGUGGAGCCGCCACGAGACCACUGUGGAACUAUAGCUGUUAAUAGACACAUUGACACAUUUUACAAAGGAAUUUAGACCACCAUAAGACUGCUCUCUUCUCUCAUCAACACACACCAUGCCGUUGGGCAGACUAACCAUGUCAUUUCAUAGCCUUCUGUUUACAUAGCGCUUUGUGUUCUUUCACUUACGUGGGUUCUACUUUGUGUGCGUGCGUGCGUGUGUGUGAGUGCGUGCGUGCGUGUUUUUGCAUCCAUGUGACUUAGUUUUGUAUGUGUGUGCCAUGUGGGAUAUGAUUGUGUACCAGUAAUCUGGAAUCUCAGGUCAUUUAAUUCCAGUCCCAUUCCAGCUGCUCCGUAUCAGUGCAACUCAGUCCGAUGGUGUGUUUACACAUCGAAGGGUCUGAGGCUCCACUAACUAUUGUUAGUCUACACACAUCCACUGAUCAGUUUUUAGAGCAUUUUGAACCAUCAGUUUGCUUGAAUAUUAUAAUAUUCAAUAUAUAGUUCAAUAUAUAAUUGAUGACAAAUAUAAAAAAUGUGAGCUAUACAGAUGGUGAGACAUAGAAUGUGUACCCAACAGGUUCCUUUAAAUUGAGGUGCACGGAUUGAAGUGUUUAAAUCUUGAUCAACCACGAUGCUGGAGUUCAAACACAGAACUGAUCCUGUUGUAGUCAGACAUGCAAAGGUUUACGGUAUGUUUUAAUGGUGGAAAACUUCCACAGUCAGUUCGAUUCCCUAAUGACUAAUGUGAGGGCACUUCUAAAACAUUCAGAAGGUGAAAUUGAAUAACUGAGUUUACCACAGGUAAGGUUAGGAAUUGUACAGCCGACUCACAACAAAUGUACCAACAAUUUCUCACUUCUGCUGUGUUCUGUACAUCAAAACCUGAAAUCAGCCUGCAGAAAGAUUGCAGCUUUUAGUCAGUUGCAAAAGUUUCCUUCCUUUAUGAAUCCAAACUAUAUAGUAAGUCCACUGGAUGCUGCUGCCUCAUGUCUACAUAGUUGGCUUGGGUCCUAUAGGUGUCGCCAUAACACAUAUUAGAAACCAUUCAACACUCGUUUUUAGGUUAUAGUCUGGUGUGGUAUGUCAAAUUGGUCAUUUCUGCUGCCAAAAUUGAUUUUAUUGUUUUGGGGGCUCGGUUGGUGUUACAAAUCGCCAGAAAUAUUGGAAUUAGAAUGUUCCCAUCCCUCAGCCUCAUAUUAGGUUAUCAUUUCAGCAAUCUUUUCAUUGGCCUGCUCCAAUGCAAUAUAGUGACCCUUGGAAGUUACACACAAUCACAAACGUUAUGGCUAAACCCAUGUUUUUAAUUAUGAGGAAUGUCCUGGUAUGAUCAUAUUUCAAUUGUGGAUUUUUUACUAAGUUUAUGCAACCCAGUAGUUUCACCGGGGUAGAAGUUAAAUAAAGAAAACACGCACACCUUUGUUAGCACAUAAGAAAAUCUUAUAUUUUCUGCCAGCCGUAUUGGAUUUUCAAUAUGGCAGCCACUCCAUAAUCAUUUACAUAUAUACCAUGACAUUAUUUAUACUAACAAAAUAAGUUUAGCCACCAGAUUUAUGAUUGUGUGUAUCAUAAAGGGGUCAUUAUCUAGCAUAUUCAACAUGGAGACGUCAUUUUGAAAAUGAUGUCAUAAGAAUGGUUGAGGGGCAGGAAAAAUUGAACUCCAAAAUUUCAGGCUGUUUUUAACGCCUAAACAUUCUAAAAAAGAAUCAAAUCAAAUUUGGCAACAACUUUUAAUUUUAGACAUAUUUCUGACAUAUUGCGCCAGACCAUUAUGGUAUUGCUUGUAUGCAAUAUGAGAUUCACAACUGUAUACUUAUCGUAAAUUUGAACCCACAUAAAAUGUGAACAAAUCUAAGAUUUGUUGUACAGGCACGACUUAAAGUUGGGUUGUAAAAGGUAGUAAAUGAAAUUAGUAAAAUACAACACUAUUAAAAAGUAGUAAAUGCCAUCUGAAGAGGUAUUACAUUUUUGAACUUCUAUGCAACUUUAAGACUUUUUCCCAUUUGUAUUAAGUGCUGGCCUAUUCCCUAAUAAUCACGCAAUUUCAUUUAUUAUAUAAAUUAUAUGUGCGAGUAGGACCUGUGAACUACAGUAUGUUGUAGUGUGAGGCAUUAAUGCAAUCCUGUGGAUGCCAACAACCAUUAAAUGUUCGAUAAAUGUAUCGAUACUUGUUCAAAGAAAAAAACAGAUUGACAUACAAGUUCGGUAUUUAGAGAAUGACGGUGAGACUUUCGGAUAUUUUGGUUCCGAAUUCCAGAGACAUGCGAGGGCAGAUAAUCUGUCAGGACAUCAAAAUUAGUAAGUGUAUUUUCAAUUGUAAGAGCGAAAUUCCACUUAAGAAUUUUUGUAUAUAGCCUGUAAAGGUUUUUGAGCAUAUUUUAUACAUUUCUGAUAUAUAUUAAAAACAAAGAACAGAAAUGUCUCAAUUUGGAACCCAUUCCAAAUGCUCAUUACAGCAUUAAACAGUAUGAAUCACAAACAUAGAAACUGAAGCAGUUAAGUCAAAAAAAACUUUGGUCAUCAGUGUCUUUAGACGCGUGUUGGGUUUUAAUGAAUAAUUCCACUAUCAGUCAAGCUUGAUAAAACACUUCUAGUGCCGAUUGUGUUGAGUAUAUCGUAUCAUUGCAUGAAUAAAUCAGAUGGUCAGGAAAAUCACAAAAACUUUAAGUGAUUGCAGAAGCAUUCAGUGGACAUGAAUAAUUUUGACAUGUAACCUGCCGAAAGUAGCACAAAGCUGAUUGCAUGCCAUCGGAGUAUGAACACAUCCAGAGCGUGAUAUUUGAAUGCAAAAUGAGCAGCUGUACUGGUAUUUGAGUGUCCAUUAGGAUUAUGGGAUUGUAUGGUUUUGAAAAUUAACAUGAAUCCAUUUAAGUGUUGUUCACAGAGUGCAGGGUUGUGUUUUUUCCCCAGUAUUUAUUAAUACAGAAUGAAACAUUCAUAAAUAUCCAAUUCUUGACUAACUGCGUUUUAAAUUGUGAAAUUCCUGAGCCAUGCUCACUCAUGGUGCUAAAAAUGCAUUAUGGUCAGUGAUGAUGAUAUAGUUGGAAUAUAGUAUUAAAUGGCUGCUUACUAGUGAUCAUUUCACCUCCAUACUAAUGGCAAUGAUCAUACUGUAUUUCCUAUUUAAAAAUCGUAUUCGUUUCACACAAGACUGAGCAGGAGGACACGAUGACUCAUUUGUGUCAUAGUGUGCUAGAUUUUUAAGCCUGAGCUGAAACGAGUCUGGCUGGUCGAUCAUGGGGAAUCCUGUAGUGAUUUUGGUCCAAUCGUGGUCCUGAUUUGAGAUCCAUCCUUCUGCAGGCUCAGGAAGUUUGUCAGCCAUCCUGAUGUUGUCGUCCUACAAGCUCCUCUUCAACUACCUCCACAACAGCAAAAACACAGCCCGUCCUUUCCAUGAUCACACUGUCAUCAGCCUCUGGCCUGUGAAUGUCUGCACAUACAUACAGUCCGUACACACUACACAUCCAAGUGCUGGACUCCCUGCCCAUUUUUUUUUUUUUUUGUUCAGCAACUGUCACAGCGUAGCUGCUAAUAAGCGAGUGAGCCAAGUGCGAAGAUGCACGGAAAAAUCAUCUCAGAUUGGGGAUAUGCACAUUGUAAAGUUCCACUUACAGCUCUCUAGAACACCAAACAACAACAUAUAUAUAUCUAUAUUUUAAAUAACCUUAUGGUGUACUACAGCUUUAUCUUCUCUGUACCAGAGUAUUGAAGUUUGUGUUCUACUAAGAUGCUUUGCUUUCAACUCCCCAGAAAGAGGUUUCAAUUCCGUUUAUCCCAGCACACAAGCUAGUAAUAAAGCCUCUACCAAGCGGUACGGUUCGGUUUGGUACAAUACCCCAAGCAUCAAACCUACAGACACACAAGCUUGCGCUUGAUAAGGGAUCCAUACCACUGAUAUGUACUACUAGGUAAAAUGUCGUCAAAGACUCAAGACCAUUCACACUCUGAGGUACUUUCCACUUAUUGGAGCACUGCAAUGCAACUAAAUUCUAAACCAUUCUAAACCAGUGUCUGCAAUAUUGCAAAAAUAUAAUGUACAGUAGUUAUUUGAUCCGAAAUCUCAUGAAGCAUUCUCUGCUACAACCAUGAUCACUCGGCCUCUAGUUCGUCUUACAUAGUUGCAGUUGGGCUCGAGUGCCAAGUCUAUGGGAAUAUUUAUCAUCUGUACCUACUCUUGCUUAGUUUCCCGUUCUUUCAAUUAGACACAGUCAUGGUCUAGUUUAAAUUCUAAUUCAUUUUUGUGGUCUCACCUGUUCUGUAAAAUUAUGUACCACUAAUCUUGGAUUAACGACUGAGGUCAGGACUCCAAUGAGACAUUUGAUCCAUAGAAAUACAAGGGUCUAACGCCUAGUUCCAUCUGUAAAAUAGGGCUGUAGUCUCUUGUACGGUGAAGGUCAAGAGGCUCUGUACCUCAUGUCUGAUAUUUGCACUGCCCCGAUUGUCCCAAUCACUGACUGGCCCAAAGGCCAUCCAUCAACUUUAUUGUCCAUCAACCAGCCAUAGGUCAUAUGUAACUGUUCAUCCCUUUUCUACACUGACAGUCCAUGAAAUGUCUUCCCUUAACAUCGCCGGUGCGUUCUAAAACUUGAGGUUCAACAAUAGCAUUGCUUCAAAUGGUGACAUACCUGUAAAUGAUGUUUAUCUGUCAUGCCUAGUCAACUAAUUUAAACAAUAAAAAGAGGGAUUUUUAAAAAAAUGUCUAUAAUAUCUGGAAGUCCCUUUGAUGUUAGUACUGGUGUUACCAUUGUUGUAGUGUACGUGAUGCCCUAUGGGGAUUGUGUUACUUUUUAAGAUAAUAAAAUAAUGAUGUUUGGUUA